AUGAACAGCGGCAGCGAUGAUGAAGAUUUAGUGAUGUUGGGUAUGAAAACCCCACCACCAGGGGAAUCUGCUCAGUCCCCAGAGGAUGGUAUGUUGCCACUCUCCUCUGAUUUCUCGACAUCUUCAUUCGCGGGCGAAAGUGCCUCGCCAGCUUCUCUUCCCCCGAAAGGAGGAAGCGUGGUAGGUCCUAAGAAGAAAGCUAUCAGAUUGGCGAGGCGCGACAGGGUCGCAGGACCCAAAAACGAGGUUUCGCCAAUUCAAAGCAAAUCAGGGUAG